AUGUAUGGCAACAAAGUAAAAUUUGAUAGGAGGGAAAUUAUUGUUGAUUUGUUGACCAAAAGAGCCUCGACAAAAGAAGCUCAUGUCCAGGUCAACUUAGGGAGACUAGAACACGAAAUAAACAACACAAAAAAAAAGUCAACAGAGCACAUUAUUUUCAACAACUUGACCGGGUCGAGCGUUGCAGUCGAGGAUCAACUUUUUACCACACUAGACUCUGUUACAAGGAGGAUUAAAAAUUGUCAGAAUAUCCUUUUACGGGACAAUAUGGGGUUUUUACAAAACCCCCCAAAUACCUUCUUUCUGCAUUUACCCCCACAUUUGAGGAGAUAA